GACCACCGAAUGUUCCCGUGUCGGAGUCCGCCAGGUAUCCCUCAGUGGCAGCGAGUGCACGGAGACUAUCGAUUGCCGAGUGUAUUUAAACGGCUGCGCGUGGAAUCGCUAAUAACCCCGUUCUCGCUGGAGGAGCGAUCCUCUUUCCUUCAACGAUACGUCUCACCGUGACCGUCGACGAGAGUCUGCCCUCUCGAUCGAUCGAUCGAGACAUCGAGUCGUCGUGCGUAACUCGAGUUGGCGAAUCCUCCCUCCUGGGGCGAAGGGGAACAGUGCGGGGUAUCCUUGACACUAUGAUGGGACGCGCGAGGUGGUGCCGGUAGUCCGCGGUUGGCCUCGAGGGAUGUCCUCGUGACAUGUUACCCCGUGACCUUGGCUGGCGCAACUAUAACGUCCUCCGUGGAGAGGGUCGUCUUCUGGUGCGCGGAUCAACGAGCGGCCGGUCCUUCAAUCCGCGCGAGAUCGAGUAUCGCCUGCUGCCGCUGGUGCAGGUCAAGCCCGACUUUGUGAUCCCAUAUGUGCUCUGCUGGCGAGUGCCGGGCGCAAUUCACCGGAUCCAGAUUAACCCGUCGAUCGUCCACCAUCAUCACCAUCAUCACCAUCAUCAUCAUCACCAACAGCAGCAGCAGCAGCAGCAGCAGCAGCAAUCGCAUCACUAUUACCAACAGCAGCAUCGUCAGCGUCGACGACACCUUGAGGGAGCGUCGAGACCACGUCCACCGCCUUCCACGGAGCAUCGUCCCACGUACGGCUCGCAGCGUGACAUCUUUGCGGAUUCUGGUAUGGAAACAAGAGUGGACCGUUACGUAGCGAACAGAAAUGAGGACACGAGGUACAAAGCGAAUCGUUGCGUGAGCGGGGGUGGUAGCCGCGGAAACGGGGCGACUGGCGGUACCGGAGGCGGUUCAGGUAGCGCAGGCGGCCGCGGCAGCGGCGGGGGUGACGGUGGCGUGGUGCCUGCCGCACCACCGGCUACCGGCCAUCAUCAUCAUCACCAUCACCAUCAUCAUCACCUCAGCACCACGACUACCACGACUACCACCACGACUACCACCUGCGGCAACAGACAUCACAGGCACAAACUGCCUGCCAGCAAGCAGUGCACCGAACACCGUCACCAUCCCCAUCACCACCGGCAUCACCCACACCAUCGCUCCCACCACCGGGGCAUGAACAUGGGCCAAAAGAUUUCAGGCGGCGUGAAGAGCAUGAGCCGGGAGAGCGGUGCCGGAGCCGGCGGAGGGGUCGGCGUCGGCGGUGGCAACAACACGACGUACACGCGGUCGGUGGUGCCUCGCGAGCUGGCGCAGGACUUUGCGAGACCGGCGCGUCUCGAUGUACUCCUCGACAUGCCGCCUGCCUCGCGAGACACCCAGGUUCAUCAUAGCUGGAAUGCCGACGAUCGUAGCCUAAAUAUAUUCGUCAAGGAGGACGACAAAUUGACGUUUCAUCGACACCCCGUAGCACAGAGCACAGAUUGCAUACGAGGGAAAGUAGGAUAUACUAAGGGAAUGCACGUAUGGGAGCUUUAUUGGAGCACGAGGCAACGAGGUACGCACGCGGUGGUAGGAGUCGCCACGGCGGACGCGCCUUUACAUAGUGUUGGCUACCAGAGUCUAGUGGGCAACAACGAACUUAGUUGGGGUUGGGAUCUCGGUAGGAACAAACUCUAUCACGACUCGAGAAAUAACAAUGGUGUAACGUAUCCGGCGCUCCUCAAGCCCGACGAAACAUUCAUUGUUCCUGACAAGUUUCUGGUGGUCCUCGAUAUGGACGAAGGUACAUUAGCAUUCGUAGUGGAUGGUCAGUAUCUCGGAAUAGCCUUUAGAGGGCUCAAAGGAAGGAAAUUGCACCCUAUCGUAUCUGCCGUGUGGGGACAUUGCGAGAUCACAAUGAAAUACAUCGGCGGACUAGAUCCCGAGCCUCUGCCUCUAAUGGAUCUUUGUCGAAGAGUGAUUCGACAGCGAAUUGGCAAGCAUAGGCUAGAGGACAAAAUCAACGAGCUAAAUCUGCCGCAGACGAUGAAGACUUAUCUCCUCUACCGAGACAGAAGGUAACCACCGAGUGAAUCUCUUCAAGAAUCUGCCACCACGAUUAUGACUGCGAACAUCACCGUGUUGCAACGUUGUCACUACGACGCAACCGUCCGCUAUCCCGUCGCAUGCCACCAAGGACAGCAAGCUCUUAGCCGCGCGUCUCCGUUAUUAAUUAAGCGCUCGACGAUCAACAAACUGGCAUGGGUCAUGCGACAACGCGCCGAGACACGCCUAGUACCUCGAGAAGGCACGCUAAAACAGCGACGCCGACAUAUACUGAUAACAACUCGUGGCGCUCUCAUCAGGACAAGUCACGAGGACCGUAAUCCUCAUCGUCGUUAUUGUCAUCGUCGAUGAGCUCUCACCUCGAUACAAUUGGCAAACAGAAGGAAAGGAAGCGGCUUUAAAAGGAAACAUAUUUCUGAAUUUAGGGCGAUACUGUUGUCUUUUAUGUCGUGUACACAGUUCUAUAUUGCGAUAGAAUUAAAUAUAUUUAUUGAUUAUUAGAAUUAUUCCGAGAAGCGGGGCGGUUUCAGUGACUUUCGCAUGGGCAAAUGCGACAAGUGUGCGCAUGUUGUACGAUCUUUUUCUUCAGUAUCCACCUUAUUGACGAUACACGUAUGAAUGCUGAUAAAGAUAGAAUCGCAAUAGCGCAAUUUAUGAGAAUUCGGAGACGCGCGGUUAGAGAAGAAAGACGAAAGGUUAUUAAGAAAAUACGAAGAGACUACAAGCACUGUACAGUUGGCCAGUAACAAAAAUUAGACUUAAUCAAGCCUGGAGGCUGAUAGGAACGCGUCGUUUGUUUAUAACACGGAUUGAUGGACAGAGGAUAGCGGGUUUGCUUUAGUUCGGCCGCAGCAGAAGGAGUGGAGCAAGAAAAAAAGUUGGAGAGAAAGGAUACACGACGGAAGGAGAUAUGAAAAUUUUUCUACGAUGAGGAUACUCAGCGAAAAAUGUGAACUCUGAUCGCACGAUUAACGUGGAACGAUUAAUUCAAUUUGGACAAGUGUGUAUAGUGAUGGAUAUAUUGCAGUCACCUUCCAAUAGACUCAUUUUUCAAGUAUUUUCUAAGCAUGCUAGGUCUAAUAAAGUAUAGUGAUGUGUGCGUGUAUCGUGGAUGGAUAUAAAAGGAAAAGGACGACGAAAAAAAAAAAGAAA